GCAGUGCGGGCGCGCGUGGAGCCGUUGCAGUGGUCCCCGGAGGUGACCGAGUUGCUGUAGGAAAUCGAUCCGUCACGUGGUCUCCGCGGGGCGCUCCUGCACAGGGUUUUCAAGAUGGCUGCAGCCCCUCAGGCACCAAAGAGGGGAUCUAUUCGGAAGACUAGACCUCUGGUUGUAAAGACAUCACUGAACAACCCUUAUGUUAUUUCCUGGAGCACCUUGGAGAGAGAAGACAUACACUUUAUAUUACAGACACUUGAAGACAAGUUUAAAUCGAUUGGACUUCAGAAAAUUGAAGAUAAGAAGAAAAGGAAAAAAACAGCUCUUAUCAAAAAGCAAAGAUGCGGGCCAGAUGUUGCAAUCAGUGUGGAUCCAAAAGAGCCUGAUGAGGAUGUGCAGGUGUCAGGGUGGACACCUGCACAUGUCAGAAAACAGCUGGUCAUUGGUGUUAAUGAAGUCACCAGAGCUCUGGAGAGGAAUGAGCUGCUCCUGGUUCUAGUGUGUAAGUCAGUCAAGCCUGCCAUCAUCACCUCACACUUGAUUCAGUUGAGUUUAAGCAGAUCUGUUCCUGCCUGUCAGGUACCUCAGCUCAGCCAGAGAAUUGCUCCUGUCAUUGGCUUAAAAUGUGUGCUAGCCUUGGGCUUCAGAAAGAAUACCAUGGACUUUGCUGAUGAAGUAGGAGUCAUCAUUCCCAAGGUGCCCAGCUUAAAUGUGCCAUGGCUUCCAGAUAGAACCCAGGAUCCCACAGACAGUUUAGAGACUGAACCUUCGGAAAGCCAGGACAAAGAGAUUUUGGACACUUCAUUUGAUGAUCUUACAAAACUUAGUAAGAGGAAGCUUGCUGAAGGUGGACAAACUUCAGCUGCAACCCUACAACCCCUUAAAAUAAAGAAACUCAUUCCCAACCCUAGUAAGAUAAGGAAACCACCCAAAAGUAAAAAAUCCAUUUCAAAGUAGUUUUAUAUGACUUGUCACUUCAUGUAAGGCUAUGGGCUAAAUAAGCACUGAAACAAAUAAAAUCAAAUGUGUUUACACGUA